UUUCUAUGUCACGAUCUAUAUAUACGUAUAUGUAUAAAGAUCUAUAUAUACGUAUAUGUAUAAUAUCUUCUAUAUACAUGUAUCUUAUAACGGUUGAGCCAACGCCUUUCUCCCACGUUUCUUUCUCUCUCUCUCUCUCCCCUAACGUAAACCUCUCAACAGAUUUUUCCUCUCUCUUCCUCGACCUUCUCCGGUAAUGGACCGCAUCGGAGAUAACAGCAGCUCCGCCGCCUCCUCCUCCUCCUCCGUUUCAUCUCUCGAGUGCGAGUCGCCACGCGGCGGAGGUGGAGGUCACGAAUUGCCGCCAUUGGCCGGUGCGUUGUUGUCGUCUUCCGCCGCCGUCCAGCGAGCUCUCCGCUUAAUCGGAUCGAAUGACCCAGAUUCCAGGUUUUUUGCCGCCAGUGAGAUCCGACGGCUCACGAAGACGUCACAGAGGUACCGCCGACACCUGAGUCAGGCCGUGGAAUCGCUCGUUUCGAUGCUCCGAGCUGACUCGCCUGAGUCACACCACGAGGCGGCUCUUCUUGCUCUUCUUAACCUCGCCGUCAAAGACGAGAGGACGAAGAAAAAAUUCAUCAAGGUUCAAUUACAUCAACUGGGUUAUCUUUAUCUGAGGGUGGGAAUUCGUGGCUGUCGGUGGGGGCAUCGUGUCAAUUCGGGAUUAGUGAACAAGGUCAGAAUCGUUGAAGCCGGUGCCUUGGAGCCGAUUAUCAACUUCUUACAGUCAGAUAGCCCGACACUGCAAGAGUAUGCUGCUGCAUCUUUACUCACACUCUCUGCCUCAGCUAACAACAAACCCAUCAUCGGUGCAUAUGGUGCGAUCCCUCUCCUCGUUAAAGUCGUUACAGACGGAAACCCACAAGCCAGGGUUGACGCUGUGAUGGCCCUCUCCAACUUGUCAACACUCUCUAAUAACCUGAGCAUGAUACUGGGAUCAAAGCCGAUUCCCUCUAUACUGAAUCUUCUCAAGUCAUGUAACAAGUCAUCGAAAGCAGCCGAUAAAUGCUGUUUUCUGAUAGAAUCAUUGGUGGGUUCGGAAGAGGGAAGAACAGAAUUGACAUUUUCCGAAGGAGGAGUAUUUGCGGUAGUGGAGAUUCUCGAGAACGGGUCUCCACAAGGCAGGGAACACGCGGUGGGGGCCCUUUUGACGAUGUGCGAGAGCGAUAGAAGUAAAUACAGGGAGGUGAUUCUAAGAGAAGGUGUGAUACCGGGACUGCUGGAGCUGACAGUACAAGGGACGGCGAAAUGUCAGACAAGGGCGCAGAGACUGUUGUGUCUGCUGAGGGAGGAGAACGAGAGAUCGGAGCUACAGACAGAGAAAAUGGAAAGCAUAGUGACGAACAUAAUGUGUCGGAUAGAAGAGGGAGAGGGAAAGGCGAAGAAGAUGGUGGAGGAGAUGGUGAGAGUGAGCAUGGAGAAGAGCUUCGAGGGGCUCUCGAGAAGAAGAACGAGCCAACGUACGAGGCCUCGUCUAAGAGGUAGUAAGACCUUCCCUCCCUCCCACUCCCCUCUUGCCAACAGCAGGAGGCUUAGCCCUUAAUCAAAGUGAAGGAAGUGGUUAAAUGUACGGGGCCUUGUCUGGUUCGAGGGAUUCGUUUCACAAACAAAUACAGUGUUGAUGAUAUAAAGAGAAAGCUUUGCAUACA